AUGCACAAGCGUUACCACCACUCCACCGAGCGGCCGUACACGGCAACUUCUGCCCGAAGGGCUUCGCGGGCGCGUUCCACGCUGCGAAUUCACCUGCGUCAGCACACGGGAGAGCGGCCGUUCGUCUGCAAGCUGUGCGGCAAGUCGUACACGCGCAAGAGCUCGCUGACGCAGCACCUGCGCUCGCACACGCAGGAGCGCCGCCACGUGUGCAUGACCUGCGGCAAGCGGUUCGACAACAAGACCUACCUGACAGUGCACAUGAACCGGCAUUUGGGGGUGCGGGCGCACCGCUGCGAGCGCUGCGACCGCGGCUUCUUCAGUCGACCGAACCUGCUCAAGCACAUGCAGGUGAUCUGCUACAAGAACGACUACGGGCAGCGGCCGGCGGCCGGCGCGCGGCAGAUGCACAUGCAGGCGCCGGCGGCCGACGGGGAGGACAUCCAGACGACCGAGGUGAUCCUGGCGAUCGAGAGCAUUCCCGACGGCGAUCAGCUGCUGGUGGGGCACCUGGAGUCCUGAGGGGGUGCCGCGAUGGGUGGCUCACCGGCCACCUCAUCCGCUCACCUGGCGCGGCGCGCUUUCGGGACGGGAGGUCGUGGUCUCGUCGGAUGUCCCUGCCGUGCUUGUAGCGUUGGCGAUGUUAUGUGAGCUGAGCGUUUUUCCUGGUUUAUUGGCGCCG